AUGUCAGUGAAAAGAAGCUUAUCUGGGCUACAGAAUGCCAAAAGACAAAAAUCUGAAGACUUACCGGACAAAGACAAAUGGCCUGCAGAAUUCAAGGAGCUUGAUAACAUCCAUUUCAGAUUGAACUCGUAUUUUACGUUUCUGUCUUCGCGCAAGCACAUCAUCACAACGUUUGAUUUGCUCAAGCCGUCAGUGGAAAGUGCGAUUGGACGGCCUUUGGAGCCUAUAGACGUGGCCAGAGUCGCCUAUCUGAUACCCAAGGAUGUGCUUUUUGAGUACGUUGACGAGAGCCAGUUUGUGCUGGAAGAGAAACAUUUUAGUUGGAGAGACGGGUUUGCCCAGAAGGAAUCAGACAUCUACGACAUAAAGGACGAGGAGGAGAAGACAUCGAAACAGCUGUUGAUAUUUGAGUUCAUUGAUGGAGAUCUGCGUAAAUCCAAAACACGGUCGGCUUUUAUGACAGAAAUUAAGGUUCCUGUCUACACCCAGGAAUCGAUCAAGAAAAUGAUUAUCAAACGGAACGAUAAGUUCAAGCUUGCGGUUGGCCGAUAUCUCAAGAAGUGUGCGGACAGCGGAAUAGUCGAUCCGUGGGCAGAAAUCACCAAACACGCAGAACAUAUAGUCCCCAAACCCAAGGAGUUUGUGGACCCGAUCGAGGAGAUGGUCAAAAACUCCAGCCAGGGCGCAAACACGGAGCACCGCAUCUCGAUCCCGCAACUGAUCGAAAAGCUAAAACAGACCGACUUCUACGAGGACCAGAUUGUCGAGAACGGGCUGCUGGAGGUGCCUCCCCGCGGCUCUAAGUACGGCGAGCUAAACUUUGAGCUGUCGCCUGUCGUUCGCGAGGCACUUGCUGCUACCAAAAAUAUCGAGAAAUUCUACUCGCACCAGGCAGAAGCACUCAACCAUAUUCACGAAAACCACCAUGUUAUCAUCUCUACGUCGACUUCUUCAGGCAAGUCGCUCGUCUACCAGCUGCCGGUUAUCACCGCUUUAGAACAGGACCCUAGCGUCACUGCCAUGUACAUAUUUCCGACCAAGGCUCUGGCCCAAGACCAGAGAAGAUCCUUGAAGGACCUGCUCAACGUGAUCCCGUUCUUGCGCGAUAUGGUGGUCGAGACCUACGACGGAGACACAGACAAACGGGACCGCGAACAUGUAAGGUCGUCUGCGUCCGUGAUCUUUACCAACCCCGAUAUGCUGCACCACAGCGUUCUUCCUUCACACCAGCUAUGGCGAAGGUUUCUCACCAAUCUCAAGUACGUGGUGGUGGACGAACUGCACAUGUACAAGGGCCUUUUUGGGUGUCAUUUUGCGCUGGUGAUGCGCCGUCUGCGCAGAGUGUGCUCGAUGCUGGGAAAUAAUAAUCUCGUUUUUAUUUCGUGCUCGGCCACGCUCAAACACCCCGUGCGGCACAUGCAGGAUAUCUUCGGACUUCCAAGCGACGAGAUCGUCAACAUCGACCAGGACGGGUCUCCGCACGGAGGCAAGCACAUUGUGGCCUGGAAUCCGCCGUACAUCGACGCACGCGACCCGAUGGCUGGACGCAAGCCGUUUAUCGCGGAAACGGCCAGGAUCUUGAUAGAAAUGGUCAAGUCUGGGUUCCGGACCAUCGUUUUCUGCGUGGUCCGCAAGGUGGUCGAGCUGCUCAUGAAAGAAAUCAGGUACCAGCUGACGGCCAGUGGCAACGCUGAGCUGAUCGGCCGGAUCAUGAGCUACAGAGGUGGCUACUCGCCAGCGGACCGCCGGAAAAUCGAGGACCAGAUGUUCCGAGGCAACCUGAAGGCAAUCAUCUCGACGAACGCUCUGGAACUGGGAAUCGACAUCGGGUCGCUGGACGCCGUGGUGAUGUGCGGGUUCCCUAUCUCGAUAGCCAAUUUCCACCAGCAGAGCGGCCGUGCGGGCCGGAGAAACAACGACUCGCUUACUCUGCUGGUCGGCGGCGGCGACCCGGUGAGCCAGUACUAUAUGCGGCAUCCCGAGGAAUUUGUCAACUCGAACUAUCCCGACCUCGCUCUGGAUUUCGAGAACGUUGUGGUUUUGGAAGGCCAUCUCCAAUGUGCCGCUUUCGAAAGACCCCUGGACGACUCCACCAUCAACAAGCGGUACUUCGGAAACCCGGCUCUCGUCAAGCAGGUGUGCGAGGCCCGGCUGGAGUACGAGCCAGAGUCCGGCAAUUAUCACUGCAACUCGCGGUUCAUGCCCUGGCCGUCGUCGCACGUGUCCAUUCGCGCCAUUGAAGAGGACAUGUACGCCGUCGUGGACACCACCAACGGCCGCAACGUGGUGAUCGAGGAGGUCGAGGCGUCGCGAACAAGUUUCACGCUCUACGACGGAGGCAUAUUUAUUCACCAGGGCUUAUCUUAUCUGGUUCGCGAAUUUAAUCCGGACGAAAAAUACGCCAAGGUCGAGAGAGUCAAUGUGGACUGGUCCACGGCGCAGAGAGACUUCACCAACGUCGAUCCGUAUGAGGUCGAGCGUAUUCGGUCGAUCAACCACAGCGAUGUGCCGAUCUACUUUGGUAAGACGCUGUCGACGACUGUGGUUUUUGGCUUCUUCAAAAUGGACAGAGAAAAACGGAUUCUUGAUGCGGUCGAAGUCAACAACCCGCCGGUUCUGAUCCGCUCGAAAGGGAUCUGGAUCGACAUACCGAAAAAGGCGCUCGAGCUGAUCCGCUCAAAAGAUCUGAACGCCGCAGGAGGAAUCCACGCCGCACAGCACGCGCUGAUGAGCAUUCUGCCCCUGUACAUUCUCUCCGGGCUCGACGAAAUCCAGACCGAGUGCAAGGCCCCGGAAAAGGAGUUUGCGAAGCGGGAGACCAAACGCAAACGUCCUGCCCGGCUGAUUUUCUACGACAACAAGGGCGGCCAGUAUGGGUCUGGGCUAAGCACAAAGGCAUUUGACAACAUCGACUCGAUACUGGAUAAGGCCCUGGAGAAACUUCUGGAGUGCGACUGCGACUGGGGGUGUCCGAACUGCUGUGCUGCCACUUUCUGCAAGGAGAACUCGCUCGUGCUGUCCAAAUACGCGGCGAUCAUAAUUCUGUCGCUCAUCAUGGGACGGCCGCUCGACAUGGACACGAUACCCACGGGGCCGGAACCAAAUAUGCCGCAGAUUGACAUCGAGACGAUUGUUCCUGCGGACCUUGGCUCUGUGAAGUUUUCGAAGGAUCUGGAGAUCAUCGACGUGCGCAAGGCCGAAAAGCCGUUGGCGGUGAUUCCAAAGGAGGAGGACGCGGAAAUAAAAAUUGAGCCGCCGACCAACGUCAUCCAGGACUCGCAGGAUGAAUUCAGUGACGAGGACAUUGCCAGGCAGCUGUAG